AUGGCUAAAGGUGGGGACGCCGACAAGCAGUACAAGUUAGUUGUUGUCGGCGGUGGUGGUGUUGGAAAAUCUGCUUUGACGAUCCAGUUUAUUCAGUCGCAUUUUGUCAGUGACUAUGACCCUACCAUCGAAGACAGCUACCGUAAACAGUGUGUGAUCGACGAGAAAGUCGCCCACCUAGACAGUAAGUGACUUGGUGAUGUUGUUAUUGAUGCCUGGCCCGUAGCUUAAAGUGUAAAAAUACAAGAACAAAACUUAGGGGCAGAUCGGGGAGUGCCGAAUGGGACUUCUUGUGUUUUGCCCAAGUGAUCUAUUUAUAAAAGCUCCCUGAUGAUCAUAGAUUUCAAAGUCGAAUAUCUCAGAUAUUCAUUUUCCACAUUUUUUAGGACAAGGUCGUGCACCAAAAUUUAGUACUUAUAUCAGAUUUAUUUUCGGCUGGGCACGCUGAUACAUAAGUAUUUAAAUGAUGUUUUUAGCCGGUGAAUGAAUUCGACUUGGAUAUGUAUUUGCUCAAGACAAAAGCCAUGUCUUGACACAUUCUUUAUUUGGAAGUAACAGCAAAUAUUUCUGCUGUGAAGUGAUGUUCUCAGACCACAACAAUAUCUUUUUAAUGAGAAAUUAAAACUUUAUUGUAUACUUUGUGAAAACUUGCAUAAACCGCAAAUCAUGACCGUCGACUUGUCGAAGAAACGUAACAAGUUAAAAUCGAUGCUGUUGAAAAUUUUCAAUCUGCAUGAUCAGGUUGGGAUGUCACGGCGUUUCUCGACUCAUUCAUUUAUGAAACUACGAUCGUAAUUGUUUUAAGUGCAUCAUUUUCUCUGCAUGUCGUUCAUACUUGUUUCCCAUAAUAGCCAGGGUUGAAAAUGGCAACUGAUUUGUAUAACUGUUGGUCGUCCGUUUUAGGGGGUUCAGUCACUUUACGUAAAUCGUUUUCUUUGGCACAAAAGAAUAUUAAUUAUUGUAAACCCUGAAAGCACAAUAAAUUUGAUGUUCUAAUUAUUAUAUUGUUGUAAAACAAACUUUCACUUGUGCCCAUAGGCAGAAAGACACCAAGAUAAUAAGCCUUACGUACGUUUCAGAAUUUAGCUGAAAUGGGGAGUGCACGUUUCUUUGACUAAAUUUCUAAAUUUCUCGUUUUCAGCUAAUGUGCAUGAAGAAAUGAUGAAAAAAUGUUCUAUUCCAAGUUCUUCUUUUUCAAUUGAUACCUGUUUCUAGCGCCCUUCUGCCUUUAGCCAUGAGGACUGGGCAUGCUUCAUCCUUUAUAUUUAGAGUACAGAAAGUAUUUUUUCAUGAAAAGGGUAUAAACAUUUAUGAUUCAAGACUGUCCAAGGCAAUUAUACGGUGGGAUAAUUACUUUAGAUAUUGAUCUUGUGAAAAUUUCCUGCCCAUAACUAUUUUCAACUGAUCGUGAGUGACAUUAUUCUUAGCAAGGUAAUGCACUUUAAUUUCUAGCUCUCACUUUCAUGUGUGGGUCCUGUUUCAUAUAUAUUUUUUGUUUUGUUUAAUGCUUUUAGUAUUUUUCCUUUCAGUAAAAUUUACAUUCUUUUUAAAGCUUAGUGAAUAGUUAAAAUUAAAGCCAGAACUUACAUUAGAGGCUCUUAGUAUCUCGUUUGGCAAUCUCAAACAUAGCUAAGCUUAGACUAUUAGCAUCAUGUAAGAACCUCAGGUGACAGCAUGGCAUGUGUCAAAUUAAGUGGAUAGAUCAAUCAUUGCGACUUAUAUGAGAAAAUAUGAACCAUCUAAGCAUGCAUCUAUGAUCAGUGUAGUAAAAUUCACCACCUAAUUUGGAAAAACUUGGUGGUAUAUUAUAUAUUAUAUAUGUAGAGAUGAAAACAUAUGUGGAGAUUUACAAUCUGGAGACUCGAUAUAUAGCAAUCUCUUCUCUUUCACAUUUUGCCCCCCCCCCCCCAAAAACAUCAAUAUUACCCAUUCACCCACCUCCACCCCCUCAAUAGAUAUAUAGCCCACAUUCAAUAUGUUAGAAUAAAUUCUUACAUCGCGCCGAGGCGUCGGAGACAAAAUUGCAAAUUUUUCAUGACUCCAUUUUAAUUUCUCGCAACUCCAUUCAAUAUGGAAAAAUAACCAUAAAGCCUCAGAAACAUGUUAGAAUUUUACCCAGGUAGGGUACUCCGGCUUUCAUGUGACAGGGAUGAUCGAGUGGGGGUAAAAAUCAAAACCGAAAAUAAUCCCCAGCGCUUCCGUCAAAACCCAAAAAAAUCCCUGGACCAAAAAUUAACCCCCAAAAAAUCCCAUGCCAAAUUUCCGAGCCUUAAAAUUUCCCAGAGAGCAUUAAAGGGCAUAACACAAAAAAUAAAUUGGAAACUGAAUGUUUGUAUUUGCGGCUGGGAUUCACAGGCACAACCACCAAUCUUCAUAUUGUUUUGAAUACCCCAAAAAGUUCCUACUUACACUCCUGUAAAUCAAGUCACCCAAAAAAAUACUUGUCAAAUUUUCCCACCCAAAAGAAUCCCGGAAACGAAAAUUUCAAGCCCCCAAAAAUCCUUCUGUCGUCCAAAGUACCCCCUGGGGAAUUAUAAACGUGGGCUGUUAGGUACCGUUAAAGCAUGGGUGUAGCUUAGGACAUUCUUUGAAGUCUCACAUGAAGUACAGACUGUCAACAUUUGUCUUUAUGAUUCUGAUGCUGAAAUAGUGGAAAUGUAUAGAGAACAAUGUGGAAAUUUGUACUAUCUUUGACCACAAGUAAUUCUAACUGUUCUCAAUAAUUUAAAUUUUUGAACACCCAUUUUAUUGGAAAAAUUUUUACGCUGGUUAAAUUUGCAAUUUAAUAUUUGUUUUUCUUUUUUUUACAGUUCUUGAUACAGCUGGUCAAGAGGUAAGCUUAAGUAGAAGCCUUAUGGCUUGAAUGCUCAUGCAUUCUCUACGUGUACACUACAAAAAUAAGCUGUCCUUCUGCAGUGCUUGACACUUAAUUUGUGAAAGCUCCUGGGCUUCAUUUAACCUGAAAUCAUGUUUUUACCUUUAUUUUUCUGCUGGUGGUGGCGGUCAUGACUGGGGGGCAUGGAUUUACCAGCUAUGGGGGUAUAACUCUAUGUACGGGCUGGCUCUGCCAGAGUGCAAGCCCCCUGGACAUACCAUGAAAAGCACCCAACCCAAGGCAGCUGUGUUCUAGGAGCACCCGGGAGCACCUGAUGCCUUGCUUUUGCUCAUGGGCGACCAGGACAUCUCAGUUUUUGUGGAGAAAUCAAAAGUUGGGCACCCUGGUUUUCCCAAGCUAAGUUCAGAGCAUUGGUAAUUUUUCUUAGAUCACAGCCUUGCAACCUCCACUAAGCAAAGCAGUGUUGUCAACUUCUCUUUUUUACUUUGCUACGUAACAAAAUAGAAUAAUGUUAUUAUAUUUGAAAGGUCAACAGUCUAUAUUUAGAUAUUAUUUUAUUCUGUUGGUAGAUUAAUCCUGCUACUCAACUGGGUAGAUCGACAGUUUAUUAACAUCGGCUUCUUUAUUUCAUUUUCAGGAAUUCAGUGCAAUGAGAGAACAAUACAUGAGAAAUGGCGAGGGAUUUUUAUUAGUUUUCUCUCUCUUAGAUCGUUCCAGGUUUGUACUGUUGUACCUUGAACUGCAUCAUGUGCACAUGAUUGAAAAAUAGCUUUGUCCAUGCACAUCCCUGGCAAACAAUUUGUUGAAAAUAAUGCUAAUUAUAGUUGAUAACACUCAAAUAUUUCUUCUCUUAUUCACAGCUUUGAAGAAAUCAAGCGCACAUUUCAUCCCCAAAUAUUACGAGUAAAAGAUAGGUGUGUAAAAAAAAAUAGCCUUCAUACACUUUUAGCAUAACAUAUGGUGAUGUUUCUUGAGAAGGCUAGAGCAAGUAAUUUUAAGCUAGCUGUCGCUGAGUUGUGUCAUAAUUAUGGUUGUGCACUCUUCAGCUGAUUUUCCAAUCUAACAGUAUCAUAAUAAUCUUACUGGAAAUGAAAAUUUGCCAUGAAAUUGCAAAAACUGGUAGUGUGUAGUGGCUGCACUUAGUUAAUAUGGACACCACGGGACCUGUUAUAGUGUCCGUAUUAUUUGGCUGAUCUGACCCGGCCCCCACAAAAAACAUCUUGGACACAUGUUUUGUCAAAAGAAGGACUAAAGCAGACAUUUUUAGAAGAAAACUUUGUUUAAUUUCUUAACUGUGCCUGUGAGAAGUUCUUCCUAAAGAAACCUCACUAUCAUUUAUAAUAAUCUUGGUCUAAAAUUACCUCUAGUUUUAAAUGUUCUUAAAACACGACAAUGGAAUCUGAUUUUUUUUGUACUAAUGCUGCUAGUUAAGUUUGCAACUCAGACAGGUGGACUGGAUAUUAUAGACAGACCCUUUGAAAGGUCGUUCCCUGUUUCUAUUAGGUUUUUCAUUGAUAGGAUAUUCAUAGCAUGAAGUAAUAUUCAUAAAGUGGGGUUAAUGACAUAUGGAAGUUUGUGACACAGAAAAUAAAUGUCCAUUGUCCAUAUUAAUUAGUGGUUACUUUGAGAGAAAAUAUAUGAGUUUUUUGUUGGGACAAACAAAACUGUUUGCGGUAUGCAGCAGGGCUCGAAAUUGCGACCGAUACGGUCGCAUUUGCGACUCAAUUUUUCUUAUUUGCAACUAGAAAAACGAGAGUAGUCGCAAAUUUGCGACUAGGUUUUGCCUUAACUGAUACGAAAUAAAAGGACUAGCACUUGAAUUUUUGCUUAAAUAAAUUUAGAAAUAAAAAGAUUCAUUGAAGUAGCGUCUUAUAAUUUUGUUACAAUCUAAAGGUUUACCGUAAUUUACCUGGAAUGCAUACACGCAACGAUAUUCCUUCGACAGCACGCCAUUUUCAGCGGGUUCUGUAAACAUGUACAUUGCAGGCUUAUAUUUCGUUUUGAUUUGCCGCUGACAGUCCCGCCAGCAUGCUGAGGACUUUUCCUGCGUUCAUGACCCGCGUUACGGCCCUCACAGUACACAUGUGUUCUUCUUUAGUGAGUCAAUUAUGUCGGAUGAAAGCGACUUAAAUUGUUUCAAAGGUCACAUUUUAAACGAAGAAAUCGACCGAGCUAAAGUUAUAUACUCAAGAAAACAAGAGGAAUUCUCACGUUUAAUCAAUCAGCAGCCGGCAAAACCAAGAUACAGUAAUCUUCCUCGAGAUGAAUCUGCGUAUACAUGAAAACGAGGUUUAGCAAACAAAGAUGGCGGAAUGUCCGCAUGGCACGUAUCGUCGUAUUGAAUGAUUCAGUCCUUCAGGGUUCUUUGAAUAAUCACUGUAGUAAUACCCCUGAUACUUCAGAUGUAAAGCUUAAUAUAUAAAAGAAUUCGUUACUUGUUUUGUCAUCGGUGGAAAACCUGCAAAAGGUAAAACUAAAGGAAUUUAGUUACGUAACGUAACCUAUAACCAUGUCGGAUGUCCGCCCAGUACAAAUGUUAUUGCUAUUUUGCAGAGAUUGGAGGCAUUUAAGAACUGCAGUUUCCUGCUGUAAUAUCUGUUCAUGAUUUGGAAAUCUAUCGCUUUGACUAAAAUAACAGACACUAAUUUAUGUGCCUUAACGCAGGUUCAACUUGAUCGUUUAGAUGAACUGGUGUUGUCCAAGACGCUAAACGUUCUGUACUAUUAAGUCUCGAAAUGACAUGAAAGCUGUUGAAAGAAUGAAAAUUAAAGCGUUAAUCAUUUAAAAGCCUACUUAUUUCUUGAUUAAAUGGCCUCAAUUAAUUUCGCGACUAACAUUUUCAAAGUUGCGACCAAAUUUUCGUAACUAGUCGCAAAUUUGCGACCAGACAUUUUUUUUAAUUUCGAGCCCUGUGCAGGUGUCUGUAGACCUGGGUUCCACUGUAAUCUUCUUCAUAGUAGUAUAUGCAACUAUAUGGCUAGGGUUAACAUAAUUACUCUUAACCUAAAAGUGUUCUGACAUUAGACAAGGGGGGAGCGAGUUAAUGAGGCUCAUCCUUGUUUUGUCACCCUUAUUAAAAAAAACUCUGCCUGGUGACUAUUUUUCUGAGAUAGUACACUUAACUGUGAAGUAGAGAAAUAGAGUGCAAAGCAAGUGGCUUCAUGUCCUGUCAGUCAAGCUAAAUUUGUGUGUAACAGUCAAUAUGAGAUCUGUCCCUUGCAAUAAGUUGGUUUUUGAUUAAAAUGUUAUCUUUGUUAUGAUUACAGGUCAGAGUUCCCCAUGAUAUUGGUCGGAAACAAAUCUGAUCUAGAACCAGAGAGAACAGUAAGUUGAUUCAGGGAAUCUGGAUAAGCUAAUGAUAGUCAAAACUAUUUCCAUUGAUAUUGGUUGAAAACAAAUCUGAUCUACAACCAGAGAGAACAAUAAGUUGAUUUGGGGAAUCUGGUGGAAAAGCUUCUUUGUCAAACCUUAGAUUAUAAUGAAAAUUUCAUUUAACACCAUUUUUCUUUCUGCCUUGAUAUGGUUUGAAAAUUGUACAGGAAUUGCCUGUUAUAACGUAUUAAGAAUGGGUGUUCAUAUCCAUAUUUUAACUGCAUCAAUGUUCUGCAUGGGUGAUCUUAACGGAUGUAAAGGGACACACAAGACAAACACCCAAACAGCCAGAGCUUAUUCCAGUUUCCUUAGCAUGAAGAAUGCCUAAGAGUAUUGCAACCCCUCCCUGGAUGGGAUGCUAGUCUAUUGCAGGGUUACCCCCCCUCAGCAGUAAGUAACUGGUACCCAUUUAUACACCUGCGUGAAGAGACAAAGUGGAGUAAAGUUCCUUGUCUAAGGUAGCAAUGUGACAGGCAAGGCUUGAACCCCUGGCCUUUAGAUCCAGAGUUUGAUUUCUUAACCACUUGGCGACAUCUGCCGCCUCUUGAAGGAUAUGAUCUCUUUCAGUUAAAAUUUUCGUGUUUACUUUGUUAAGGUUUCAACAUCAGAGGGACAAGAACUGGCAGCCGAACUCAAGGCAAGUAAUCAAACAAUACUUCAUCAAAGAUAAACUGCCACAGUUAUUGGGCUGAAAAUAAUCAUUUUUAGUGUUUUACAGACAGAAGACCCAUUCAGUAUACUAUAGCCAUGCACUUGGGGGUAAAAAAAAAAUAGAAAAUUGCUUUAUGAUGCCAACUCUUUCGGAUUACGUGGGAGUCUCCCGUAUUCAGCACCAAUUUCCUGGUCUCCCUAAUGGUUCACCGAAUCUACUCCAAACUGAAUUUUGAGCUUUUCUGUGCUUUUUCGGCUUCUUAAUUUGUGUAUUGUCAGCUGUACCAGCUGUACCAGCCCCACCCACUCUCAACCCCUCUGGCUUUGCCAUUCCUGAUUACUCCUUUAAAUCGUCUCACAUCCUUAUGUGCAUUUGCUGUCUGCAAAACUGCAAUCAAGGAGACAGUGUGGCCAAGUGGUCAGCGCGUCAGGUCACAAUCUGUCAGUCGUGGGUUCGAGUCCCACUCUGGCAAAUUGCUGGAUUUGUUCCUGGUCCCGAGCUCAAAUCCUCUGCCUCAGUUGUAAAUAGCCAGCUGGUUGCCUCCUGUCAUUUUAGGUUUUUAUUCCUGUUAUGUUGUAUUUUGUGUGGAGUGCCUGUAAACUAACUAGAUAAGCUAAGUUCACUUUCCACUACAAACAAGCCUUUAAACAUUAAUAAUUCCUAAUUGUAUUCCUUUAUUCCAAACUUAGUACGCUGCUUGCCAUUCCUUGACAUGACGUGCAAGCAGUAGGGUGAUCAAAUUCUUUUUGUUUUCAACAGAUUCAGUACAUUGAGACUAGUGCAAAACAGAAAACCAAUGUUGAUCAGGCAUUCCACGACCUCGUAAGAGCUAUCAGGUAAUGCCGUUCGUUUAGUGCAAAGGGUUGUCAAAACUGUAAUGAUGCUGUGAUAGUUUCAUGGGAAAACCACAAUUUCUGGUUGGAAAAUCAAAUGGUGUCGUACGUCACUCCAUUUGGGAAUCUUUCUAGGAAAUAUGGGCUGUGAUUUGGGGCAAUGUAAUUUUUCCACUCUUUUUAGCCUUUUCAGCUGAUUUGGAUAUACUUCGUAGCUGGUCCUUCUCCCACCACGUCAAAUUUUAUAGUUCUAUGUUUGUGCACAAGAUUCCACCCGGGUGGUUUGUGUAAAUGGGAAGCACCCCUUACCUACCCGACCAUGAUGAGUUGUUAUUCAUGUGUGUCCAUGGUAAAAUUACACUCAGCGUGGAUGAACUUUGACUAAGCUGUUAACAGGGUGGCAAAGGGGUUUUCGGUGAUGCAUGGUGGGUCCCAAAUUAUCAGCAUGAUACAUGAUGGGGGCCCAAGUUAGCCCUGUGAGUAGUGAUUGGGCAUAGCAGCAUAGUGCAUGAUUUACCAUUUUCACAACACACAACACAUGACUCCAGGAUUGGUGUAUAUUAUUUGAAACUAGAAGCACAGAUGUUAAAACAAGAUGGUCAUGACAUAAUGUUCUGAUCCUUUUUCUUUUUCGUUUUCUUUUUCCUAUUAUUUCUUGUCAAAAUCUUAUUAUGACCUUCAAUGUUUCAACAACACUGCAGGGGCAAAGCUACCUGUACACACAGUGCACAUGUGCAUAGGGAUGGGGUAGCAGGAAGGAUUUGGAAAAUUGUGUAUACCUGUCCUCUGUAAACAUCCUGCCAUGUUAACUCAGGGGCGGAUCUAGGAGAAGGGUGCAGGGGGUGCGUACCCCCUCCCCCUGGGAUGACCUGCGGUUUUCUAAUACAACUGGUAUUCUGCCAAAAAACAAAAACUAUGUGGUUUAUUGGUGUCGAAGUAGAGCAAGAGACGAGUGCACCCCCUCCUAAAAAAAAUCCUGGAUCCGCCCCUGUAACUGACUGCAAUUGCACCUAAUAUUCAUGAUGCAUGAUGGCUAACUUUUUAUUCCCAUGAUGCGUAAUGGCCCUCAGUAAAAUAAGUCAGCGUGAUGCAUGAUAAGCACUCUCGCCUCCUUUGCUACCCUGUGAUAAGUAUAAAAUAAUGUUUUGAAAAAAUGCUAACUGCAACUAACUCGAGAUUUUCCCAUGCUGGUUACUCUGUUAUGAAGUCAAGCAAAGAGGUGAUCAUUGAGUGUUUUAAAUCUUUUUCAGAAAAUUUUACGUGCAGCUGGAAGAACAGCAAAGAAGAAACAGUAAACCGGCCAAGAAAUCCUGCUGCUCAAUUUUGUGACACAGUUAUUUGAACUAGGAUGACUAUAUUGUGGAAAUCUUUAUUUUAGAGUGUGAAAUGAUUCGGUAGCCAUCAAUUUUCAAAGCGUAAUAUUGCUAGUAUGCUCGCAAAUAAGCACUCGGCAAAAACUAUCUUAAAUUGAAUUAUUUUUGUACAAAAUCUGCAAGUUGUUCGGCCUCCUGUGUCAUGGGUCUUUGGGCUUGUCACACAAUUUUUGUAAGUAAGGAGAGAUUGUGUGAGAGACAAGGAACUUGGCACUGGGUCCUUUGCAGCUGGUCAGUCAGGUUUAUGGUCAAGUCUUCUGAAAGCUAUCUCGGCCGAAGUUAUGCCGCCCAAAAUUUACAGUCAAGUCAAACUGAACCUGAUUGCACAUUUAUCACGCUUGUUUCGUCUUAUCAUAACUUAAAGAACGAGGUAUAUUGCACGCACAGCUUUAUUCCACUCUGUUUAUCUGUGUAUUACUUCAGAUAAAUUUCGUGAGAAAUAGCUUUGAAUUUUCGGCGACAUUACCCUAGUUUCGGGCACAUAACUUAAAGGGAGAUGGCUUUUGGGCGACUUGACUAGUUACCGUCAGUCACUUGGAACGAAAACGCCGCGAUGGAGAGCGAGAAGCACACUUGGACACACAAACAAAGGGCUCACAUCAUUUAAUUUGAUAGCUUCCUUUGUUUGUCUAGCGUAAGAAAACAGCCAACAUUUUGCGACGCCAACUUGUGGUUUCCCGCGAAAUGACGUGUGAGAAAUGAGCACAGAAAUUCCGUACUGAUGACGUACUGAUCACCACCCAGAUCUGGAUAGUACUUCUGAUUGGUUGAGGCAAAUUUCCCACGCGACGCGACCAAUCAAAAGCACUACCCAGAGCUGGCCGGGGGCGCUCGUUUCUCAGACGUCAUUUCGUCGCGGAAUCGUCGGGAAACCAGUGGUGCCGGUGGCGUCGCUAAAUGUCCACCGUUUUCUCAGGCUGUUGUUUGUCUUGUCCAGGUGCAUUUCUUGAUCUUCAGCAUGGCAUUCUCUUUUUACCACAUGACUGACCAGUUCCAAUGAAACCGUUGGAUUGUUGCAUUUGUACUGAAAAAAGGGUAAACUUAAAUAACCUCGAGAACUGGAGUAGUGUUAUUGGUAAAUUCAGUAUUGCAUAUCAGUAAUCAUUUUAUAAAAAGGCGUUUUUAGUUACCACUAAAGUAUUUAUCACAGGAUAAGAAAACUUUUUUCCCCUAUUCAGUAUUAUUUUAAGUGUAAUUUAGUAUCCUUAACUCUAAGAUCUACAUGUUGAAUUAGGCGAAGUUGUUAGCCCUGUCGUCUGGGUGAUUUCCUUUAAAAGUUAUUUUCGAACUAAUAACAAUAAAUAAAUCUUUGGAACAAAAACUCUUUUAAGGUGUUUUUUUUCUGGUAUGCGUGUAAGGUUUAUCUUGUUUUAAUCUUACAAAAACUUUUUGAAAGACAUGGAAUAGUGUUUUUAAUUAAGUUUAUAUAAAUAUAAGUCAGUUAACCAAUUGUUGAUAAAGUAUCGUGGUUGUUUCAGCUAUCAAUAUUGUCAUAGCUGAGAUGUUUUGAAUCAUUUUGCUUCCUUGUUGUUUUUGGUUGUUAACUUGAUUCGCGCUGAUUCGAUAGGAGGAUCUACGCGGAUAUCUUUGUUUACAUUUUGCUUCAUUACCAUCAAGAUAAAUUAAAACAACGAUAAUAAUUAAAAGCCUUGCAGCCUGCGUAAUAUUUAGCUUUUUGCUUGAAUAAGUUGAGGAAAUAUUAGCCAUGUAAAAGUACCACAUUUCUGGGUGGCAGAACUGUCAAUUUUAGGUAAAAUUUUCAAGUUAUUAACAUCAUAUAUUUGAAAGAAUAUUUGGGAGUUUGGACUUAAAUUUUCGGAAAAACUUAUUGUUUUAUGUCCUUUCAAUAUUCGGAAAUGACCCUUUUAUAACUAGAUUAGAAAAUGGGAAGCAUGCUAUAAAUGACAGUUAUGAGUAAUAACCAGCGUAGUUAAUUAAAGUGGAAUGGUUGGG